AUGCUUUCUCACUUCAACCGCGAGCGGAUCCCUGAAAGGGUUGUUCAUGCAAAAGGGGCUGGUGCCUACGGGGAGUUUGAGGUGACAGACGACAUAUCUGAUAUCUGCAGUAUCGACAUGCUUCUUGGAGUGGGCAAAAAGACGCAGUGUGUGACACGUUUCUCUACCACCGGAGGCGAACGAGGCACCGCGGAUGCCGUUCGUGAUCCCCGAGGCAUGGCUACCAAGUUUUUCACCAACCAAGGUAACUGGGACUGGGUGUACCUUAAUGUCCCGUUCUUUUUCAUCCGAGACCCGAUCAAGUUCCCUGGGUUGAUGCAUGCCCAAAAAAGAGAUCCCCAAACAAACAUGCCCAAUCCCAAUAUGUUCUGGGACUGGGUGACCAGGAACCAUGAGUCUCUACACAUGAUAAUGUGGCUCUACAGCGAGUAUGGAACGUUCAACACCUAUCGCAACAUGAACAGUUACAUGGGCCAUGCGCAUAAAUGGGUAAUGCCUGAUGGGUCAUACCGAUACGUGCACAUGUAUCUUCAGGCUGAUGCUGGUUACGAGUUUGCAACACAUUCACAAAUGCAAAACACCAGCGGCAUUGACCCGGAUCAUGCCACGAGAGAUCUGUUCCAUGCAAUCAAGACCGGAAAUUACCCAACUUGGACGGCUUAUGUCCAAGUAAUAGAGCCCGAAGAUGUCCCCAAGUUUGGGUACAACAUUCUGGAUCUCACGAAACACUGGGAUAUGGGUACGUAUCCUAAGGACUUAGGAACAGUUCCUGCGCGGCCCUUUGGGAAGCUUACCCUCAACCGCAAUCCGGAAAAUUUCUUUGCAGAGGUGGAGCAACUGGCGUUCUCCCCGUCUCAUUUAGUUCCUGGUAUUGCUCCCUCUGAGGAUCCCAUACUCCAAGCACGUAUGUUUGCAUACCCAGACGCUCAGCGACAUCGCCUCGGCGUCAACUAUCAACAGAUUCCGGUAAAUCGGCCCCUGUGCCCUUUCAACCCUCUACUGCGGGAUGGCCUGGCUGUCGUCGACGGUAAUUACGGAGCACGAGCAGGGUAUAUCUCCAGUGACAACGCAAUGUCCUUUCGAGAUGCUCUACCAGCUGAACCUAAGCGGGAUGAUCGCCUCGACUCGGUUAUUAACCAAUCAUUCUCUGCUAUCGAUGAACUGGAUUACAAGUUCCCCCGGACAUUCUGGACGCAUUUGGAGGAGCCUGAGUAUGAGGGCUGGCAGGAGAAGAUGAUCUUCAACCUGGCAAAUUCCCUCUCCCAGACAGACAACAUAAUCAGAAAAAGAGUGUAUAAGGUAUUUGAGCUUGUGCAUUCUGACCUGUCGAAAAGAGUCCGGGAUACAACAGAGGCUAUGGUCACCAAAGCCAAUAUGGUCCCCCGGGGGACUAACGGGUCCUUGAGGUUAUGA